AUGUUACCACCAAAUAAUGAUGACCACCUUGGGGAUUCCCCACUGUUCUCCUGGAAUGAAACCCAAGCCAGAGGAUUAUCAGAGGGGCUUCUAGACUUGUUUGUUGGCAUCUCUCAGCUCAUUCACAAGGGUCAAAAUGAAGCUCCCACCAUUGUCUCCCGCAAGGAGUGGGGAGCGAGAUCACAGACCUGCAGGGCCCAGCUGACACAACCUGUGGCCUAUGUCAUCAUGAACCAGCUCACAGGGAUGGAGUGCCAGGAGCAGGAUGUUUGCAGCCAGAGGCUUCGGGGCUUUCAGUCCCAUUCUGUCUAUACCAAAGGCUGGUGCGACGUGGUCUACAACUUCCUGAUUGGGGACGAUGGCAGGGUGUAUGAAGGUGUCGGCUGGGAUGUCCAAGGCAUGCAUACCCAGGGCUACAACAACAUCUCCCUGGGAAUUGCCUUCUUUGGCAAUAAGAUAGGAAGUAGUCUAAGCCCUGCCGCCCUAUCAGCUGCAGAGGACCUGAUAUCCUAUGCCAUCCAGAAGGGUCAUCUGUCACCCAGGUAUAUUCAGCUACUCAUCUUGAAUGAAGAGGUCUGUCUGGUCCCUCAAAAGCCAGUGAUGCCUAGGAAAGCUUGCCCCAACAUCAUUUCACGGUCAGUAUGGGAAGCCAGAGAGACACACUGCCCUAAAAUGAGCCUCCCAGCAAAAUAUGUCAUCAUCAUCAUCCACACCGCUGGUACAACCUGCAAUGUAUCCAUGGAUUGCCAUAUUCGUGUCCAAGAUAUACAAUCCUUCCACAUGGACACACAGCACUUCUGUGACAUUGGAUAUCACUUCCUGGUGGGACAGGAUGGUGGUGUGUAUGAAGGAGUUGGCUGGCAUAUCCAAGGCUCUCACACCUAUGGAUACAAUGAUAUUGCCUUAGGAAUUGCCUUCAUAGGCAACUUUGUAGAAAAGCCGCCCAAUGCUGCAGCCCUGGAGGCAGCCCAGAACCUGAUCCAGUAUGCAGUGGACAAGGGGUAUUUAACUCCCAACUACCUGUUGGUGGGGCACAGUGAUAUUGUCAAUACACUGUCUCCUGGGAAAGCUUUGUACAACAUCAUUAAGACUUGGCCUCAUUUCAAACACUGAAGGAGCCCCUGCUCCUUCUGAGAUUGCUUCUCCCACCGGGCUACUAGGUCUCCCCUGUCCUCACCCUCUAUCCUGACUCAACACCUGGUGUUGUCCCCUCCAUGUCAGCCCCAUCCUGCCCCUCCUUUCUCAGGUUAGGAUGAUCCUCUCCUGCUAGCACCACCCGCCAGCAGCCCCAAACCCUAGAGCUGGGCAUACCCAGCCUUUGAGUGAGCCCCACCUUCCUCACUCCUCAUUUUCUCCUCCCCUGGGCGCCCAGCUCCUAAGCCAGGUGGGAAGAUGGGCUGAUCCUUGUUCGACUUCUCGUUCCCUCUCUGGCUGCCCCUCUGCCCCAUGUACCUUCCCCUGCCAUCUACCCAGCAGCCCCCAAGCUUCACACAGGACCCAGGUCAAGGCCCAAAGCUCCUCUCUGCUCACACACCCACUUGUCCCCAUGUGGAUGCAGCCCUUAUUUUAGGGCUCAUUGCUUACAGGUGUGGUUGUUCUCUCCACUGGAUUGUGAGGCUUUCCAGGUUUCUUUGCCCCCAUGUCCUUGAUUCCUCAGCAGUGUCUGGAGUCUUGUGUAUGCUAUAGAUGUUUGUUGGAGAGGUGGAUGAAUAAACAAAUGUGUGUGUCAAGUCCCUGCUUCCCUUUCCAGUCUGUUCCACCAGCCCCUCUUUUUGGAGACACCUUCUGGGACUGUCCCCCAUCCUGCCAUUCUCUCUCUGUUGUUGCCCCUCCCAGUCUGAGGCUCAGAGCCAGCUCUUGUCGCUUGUCUAUAAUGGUGCCUCUAGGGUCCUGUGUCCUGUCCACCCCAAGUUCCCUGAGGGCAAACAGUAGUCCUCUAGGCCCAACUGGGCUGUGUCUACACAAGCCACCUGUGCCUGCGGCCUUCCCUUGCCCACCUGUGCCCGCUGGCCUUAUGUCUACAGGGCUGUAGACUUCCCCAUCUCCCCCAGAACUCAUCAAGGCCUCUUCAAAUCAACAACACUGCAUGGUCUGGAUUACUGUCUCCUCCAUAUUAUUGACUUUUAUUG